CCUCCGGCCGCUUCGCGCUUUGCUCUGCGCUGUGUGAGGAGGAGAGCGGGGCUCAGAGCUGCAGUGGCCGGGACAGGAGUACAGUGACCGGGGCAGAGCCCGCAGUGAACAUAGCACUCAGCACCAUGGCGGUGGAGGAGGAAGGGAUCCGUGUCUUUCAGAGCGUCCGGAUCAAGAUAGGUGAGGCCAAAAAUCUUCCUUCUUAUCCGGGGCCAAACAAGAUGCGAGAUUGUUACUGCACUGUGAACCUAGACCAAGAAGAAGUGUUCAGGACCAAGAUAGUGGAGAAGUCGCUCUGCCCUUUUUAUGGAGAAGAUUUUUAUUGUGAGAUUCCACGAAACUUUCGCCACCUCUCCUUUUACAUAUUUGACAGAGAUGUGUUCCGCAGGGAUUCCAUCAUGGGUAAAGUAGCAAUACUAAAGGAAGAUCUGCAAAAAUAUAACAACAGAGAAACCUGGUUUCAAGUCCAGCAUGUAGAUGCAAAUUCAGAAGUACAGGGGAAGGUUCACUUGGAGCUCAGGCUGAGUGAAGUGAUUACAGACACUGGGGUCAUCUGUCACAAGCUUGCAGUCCGCGUGUUAGAAUGCAGAGGCUUACCCAUUGUGAAUGGACAGUGCGAUCCUUAUGCAACCGUAACUUUACUGGGGCCAACAAGAACUGAGUCAAAGAAAACUAAAGUUCGAAAGAAGACUAUCAACCCGCAGUUUGAUGAAGUGUUUUAUUUUGAGGUGACAAAGCCCAGUAGUUACAACAAGAAAUCCCAUUUUGAAAUAGAAGAGGAUGAUGUAGACAAGAUGGAGAUAAGGGUUGACCUAUGGAAUGCAAGUAAUCUAAAGUUUGGAGAUGAGUUUCUUGGAGAGCUUAAAAUUCCACUCAAGGUCCUCCGACAAUCCAGCUGCUACGACGCAUGGUACUUGCUUCAGCCCAGGGAUAAUGGAAAAUCAGGCAAGCCUGAGGAUCUUGGCUCACUAAGGCUCAAUGUAGUUUACACUGAAGAUCAUGUAUUUGCAAGCGAGUACUACAACUGCCUCAGAGACCUCUUAUUAAAGUCUGGAGAUGUUGAGCCCGUUUCAGCAUCUGCUGCACAUGUGUUGGGUGAAGUGUGCAGAGAAAAACAGGAAGCUGCAAUACCUCUGGUCCGUCUUUUUUUACAUUAUGGCAAGAUUGUGCCUUUCAUCAGCGCCAUUGCCUGCGCUGAAGUAAACAGAACACAAGAUCCAAAUACUAUUUUCAGAGGGAAUUCAUUGACAUCCAAGUGCAUUGAUGAGACCAUGAAACUGGCCGGGAUGCAUUAUCUUCAAGUUACAUUGAAGCCUAUUAUAGAUGAGAUCUGCGAGUUACAUAAACCCUGUGAGAUUGAUCCUGUGAAGUUGAAAGAUGGUGAAAACUUAGAAACCAACAAAGAAAACUUAAAGAAUUAUGUAGACCAGAUUUUUAAUGUCAUCACAAAAUCAGGGGUCAGUUGCCCGACAGUUAUGUGUGACAUCUUCUUCUCUCUGAGAGAAUCUGCUGCCAAGAGGUUCCAAGAUGACCCUGAUGUAAGAUACACCGCUGUGAGCAGCUUCAUUUUCCUGCGGUUCUUUGCACCUGCUAUCCUGUCUCCUAACCUUUUCCAGCUCAGUCCGCACCACCCAGACCCACAGACUUCUAGAACCUUGACUCUCAUCUCCAAGACUAUACAGACUUUGGGUAGCUUAUCUAAAUCAAAAUCUGCUAGCUUCAAAGAGACCUACAUGGCUGCAUUUUAUGACCACUUUAAUGAACAGAAGUAUGCAGAUGCUGUUAAGAAUUUUCUGGACCUGAUUUCCUCCUCUGGAAGAAGAGAUCACAAGAGCAUAGAACAACCUAUUCUCCUUAAGGAAGGAUUUAUGAUCAAAAGAGCUCAAGGGAGGAAGCGUUUUGGUAUGAAAAAUUUCAAGAAGAGAUGGUUUCGACUAACCAACCAUGAGUUUACAUACCAGAAAGGCAAAGGUGAUCACCCACUCUGCAGUAUUCCAAUUGAAAACAUUUUAGCCGUAGAAAGAGUAGAAGAGGAGUCCUUCAAAAUGAAGAAUAUGUUUCAAGUCAUUCAGCCUUCAAGGACCUUGUAUAUUCAAGCAAACAACUGUGUUGAAGCUAUGGACUGGAUAGACAUCCUCACCAAAGUUAGCCAGUGUAACCAGAAACGCCUCACUGUUUACCACCCCUCAGCCUACCUGAAUGGGCACUGGCUGUGUUGCAAGGCUACCUCAGAAAAUGCUCCUGGCUGCAGUCCAUGCACAGGGGGCCUGCCAGCAAAUAUCCAACUUGUCAUUGAUGGGGAUAGAGAAACUGAAAGAGUUUACUCCCUCUUUAACACAUAUAUGUCCAAGAUGGAGAAAAUGCAAGAGGCUUGUGGUAGUAAGUCCGUGUAUGACGGUCCUGAACAGGAGGAAUAUAGUAGCUUUGUUAUUGAUGAUCCUCGAGAAACCUACAAAACACUAUGUAGCAUUAUAGAAGCUGUCAAGACCUUAGAAGAGGAGCACGCUCAGUACAAGAGGGAUAAAUUCAAGAAGACAAAGUAUGGAAGCCAAGAACAUCCGAUAGGAGACAAGAGUUUCCAGACCUACAUCAGGCAGCAGUCAGAGGUGUCCACACAUUCCAUUUGACUUGCCAUGGAUAGCACUUCAAAAAGGAAAUGGCCUGCGUACUCAAGAUGUAAAUAGGAAAAAGACGUCCUCACGAGAUCCAGCAUUGUAACACAAUAUUUGGAACUGAAAAAGCAAAAUGUGCUGAGUUUUUGUGAGUGUUUUGUGGACUGUUACAAGAGUUGCAAUGCACUUUAUUCAUCUGUGAACAGAUGACAGAACUUUUUUGUUUUAUAACCAUAUGCCAUAACUCCUCCAGAACUGCUUCACAUAUGGGUCCUUUGUCUGUGUUUCUGAUACUACUAGCAUUCCUUGGACAGCGCCUCACACUGGCAGCAUUCAUUUUAGGUCACAAGAGGGCUCUGAACUGCAGGUCUUUCACUUGCUUCCAUCUCAGGUCAGCAUUACUGACAUAUGAAUAUUAAAUGAAUUUGAAGAUGACUUGACUUUGUCAGUAAAUCCGAGAACAUCUCUUCACAUUCACGUUAUUUCAUAGAAAUACCUUUAUGGCAUACAUGCAGAUGAAAGUAUACUUUGGACAUGAUCCUGUACAGAUGUGCUGUAGAGAUGAAAAAUGUGCCAUGAAAUCUAUGGUAUACUUAUUCAGUAACAUCGCUGUUGGACUGGGCUUUUCUUGGGCUCACCUAAGGAAAUUAUUUUUUGGGCCCAACUCCUACAUCAUCAAUAAAGGCUAAUAGGUUUUGAUUCAAAGAAAUAGACCCUUAUGGCAAGUGAUUGGUUCCAACAACAGCUCCAAAUAGAUUUUCUUCUUCUGGACCUUUGGGGCCCACUACGGUAUCAGAGUCUGGGCCCAACGGAGGUGGGCCAGUCUGAUGUUAAGUAACAUGCAGUAGCCAUGUUAGCCAAUGCAUUGGUCUUCACUUCAUAUUGAUUUGAAACUGAACAGAAUACUUCCUACCAACUGGACCAAUCAUUUCAUUGUAUAGUUAGAUGUCUGCGGAGGCCAGGCUUCCAUCAUGUUUCUUAUUUCUCCCUAAAGAUGGUAACCCUGAAGAAAGCAGUGCUACGUAACAAAGCUUGCUGUUUGAUAUUGCUGAUACCAGCCUUAUAUACGGGCCACACAUUUAUGGUCCUUGGAUCAUUAGGACAGAUUUACAAAUAUAGUGUAAAAGUAAGACGGUGGAAACUUAGACUGUCAGUCUUGAACGGCACCAGAUUUUUUACAGUGACUUAUGCUGAAUGUUAAAUUUGGUGCAUCUUUAGUCUAAGUUGGCUUAGGCUACUUUCACACUAGCGUUUUUGCUGGAUC